GCCGAAAGAGUCCGGGAUGGGGCGGGGUGAAGCUUUGUUUACAGCGCCGCCUCAGCUGGCCUCACCCCUCACCCUCACCCUCACCCCUCGUCCUGCACAGCCACUGCUCUGCCACCAUGCUGCUGCCCCUCAGGUUAUAAGAAUGUAGGAAAGACUCAGGAUAAAAUUUGAAGGCAUCCAAUGCACUAUUAUGCUUCCACUUAGUGACAUGCUUCCACUUCAAGAAGAAGCUGUUACUAUUGAGCCACAGUAUGAUGGUGUCAUUAUGCUGAGCUCAGAGGCGGUCCUCUUUAGUGAUGCCAAGCCACGUCCUGAUGGCAGCAAGGUAUACCAUGUGUUUGAGAGAACUCUCGGAGAGUCAACUCAAGAUGAGUCAAUGCCAAGUGAAGAUUUCCAGGCAAGGCAGGAGCAGCUAUUUUCUCAAGCCCAUGAAAACACUCUGCAGGGUAUUCAGCAGGUGCUCGCAGAAAGUGGCUUUGUAAAUCAGGCAUGGUGUGAAGGAAGUGGGGGUGGGGAGCCUGCUGGGCCCACCUUGGACCAGAGCUCUGCUGAGGAUCCUUCAUUCAGUCUUUCUCCAGGGUUGAAUCUCACUGUUAACACCUCACAAUCAUGUUUGUCUAGACACUAUCAACCACCCCCAUCCAGAGUAUAUCAGUUUGAGAUUGUUCUACCACUUGAACAUAAACGUCGACUUCUCAAGCGACUGCUGAAGCGUAAAGGAGUUGAUUUCGUAGAAUUUGAACCUGAGAAUCGUCGCAUUAUAAUUAAAACACGAAGGUCUGUACACACUAUCCUGUCUGUCCUACGUGAUGUUGACCCUAGUGCCCGACUUUUGGGGACCAGCAGAGACCAUGAGGAAAGCAGAGAAGGGGACCACUUGGAAGGCUCAGGAAGGUAAUAAAAGAGAGAAUGGUGCUAGUUAACAUUUUUGGUAUUUAGUUUUGUGUUUGUGUGCCAUAUUAUCACUGUCUACUGGUUGCUGAAAUCUCAUGUUCAUUUCUGACACUAAUAGCCAUUUUAUCCACUUGCAUUGUUCAUUCAACCUCAAAUGUCCAGUGGUUACAUGUUGGCUGGUUGAAAAGUGUAACUUUUCAUAGUUCCUCUCUUAUGUACAUAUUUUUUUCUUGUCAGUAGUGAAUCAUAUAGUUAGUAUAUCUGUAGAAGAAUCAAAUUACAAAAACUUGUAAGAGGAACAUAAGGUUUUUUUUUUUUUUUAUAUGUAUGGUAAAAUUUAAAAGGCUUGUGACAUGUUUGUUAAGUAUAUGGCUUGGGGAUGGAAUUCUUAAGCUUUCCGGUCUUGCCAGUAGAAUAAGGGGAUAAAUGAUAAUCUUCUAGUUGAAGAGAGUAUCCAUAACUACCUAAUGAUUAGUCAUGAAAACCAUAUGUGUGAUGUACCAUUUUGCAAAUAGAUGGCAUUAGAAAAA